CGCAGCUGAUCGCAGAAGGAGAUUUGGCGCUAGCUUGAGCUCAGUGUGCGGAAGGAGACGGAGAGGGACGGAGACCCGCAGAGGACCUUCAGGAGACACAAAACAUUCUUCUCAACUUUUAAAGAAAGAUAGAAGAUGCCGAGCACGCGCUCUGCUGGCCGGGCUCAGCCCACGCUCUCCUUCCCCCGCCGAAAAUCCUGCCGGGCCCCCCCGGCCCCGAAGACGGCCGAGCCCGGGACCCAGCAGCCCGCUCUGCCCCGACUCGGGCCGCUCUCCCCCAAAGCGCCCGCGGCUCACCCCUCCCCCCUCUCGCCCCGACGCCCCGCGGCGCCCCCCCCCGCCCUCCAGCCGCGGCUCCCGCUGAGCCCCCGCAAACGCACAGGUGACGAGAACGGCUGCAACGUCGGCGCCGACCCGCGCUGCUCGCCGCCGAAGCAAAGCAAGUCUCCCCGGGAGCCGGAGGACGCCGAGAACUCGCCGGUCCCGGCCCGCCGGCGGCUGGUCCCGUCCUCGUCCCCGUGCAAAGCGCCGCCCCCCUCCCCCGACGGAUCGGCCCCGAGGCGCCAGGAGACGCCGACCAGGAGCCCGGCGCCGCACAGGUCCGAGAGGAAGCCGCCGGUCGUUCGGCUCUUUGGAGAAAAGUCGAGGUUCCACAGCGCGAAGCAGGCCCUGCACACCGCCGCCCCCGAGCGCCUUCUGUCCCGAGAGGUCGAGCGCGCCGCCAUCCGCUCCUUCCUGGAGGAGAAGGCGCUGCGCCGCCUCCCCGGCAGCCUCUACAUCUCCGGGGCGCCAGGGACGGGCAAGACGGCGUGCCUCAGCUGGGUGCUGCACGAGAUGAAGGCCGAGCUGGCGUCCCUGCAGACGGUGCUGGUGAACUGCAUGAAUCUGAGGAGCUCUCACGGCGUCUUCCCGCUGCUCGCCGACAAGCUGAAGGCGCCCGGCGGGGCGAGCGGGCUGCAGAGGUUCCUCACGGCCCCGGGGCCCCCAGUGCUCCUGGUUUUGGACGAGAUGGACCAGCUGGACAGUAAAGCUCAGGACGUCCUCUACACCGUCUUCGAGUGGCCGUACCUGCCCGAGUCCCGCCUCUGUCUCGUCGGCAUCGCCAACGCGCUGGACCUGACGGACCGCAUCCUGCCGCGCCUGCAGGCCCGGCCUCACUGCCGCCCCCUGCUGUUACACUUCCCCCCCUACAGCCGGCAGGAGCUCACCGACAUCGUCCAGGACCGGCUCGCCCAGGCGUCGGCUGACGGGAUCCUCGACUCCUCGGCCGUUCAGUUCUGUGCCCGUAAGGUGUCGGCCGUGUCGGGAGACGCCCGGAAAGCUCUGGACAUCUGCAGGAGGGCCGUCGAGGUCGUGGAGUCCGACGAGAGGAAGAGGCCGUCGGAUCCGAGCGGCGCCCGGCCCCCCCGGGUGGGCCUCCCCCAGGUGGCGCGCGUGCUGUCCGAGGUCUACGGCGACCGCAUGGCGUCUCCGGGCGGCGGCGGGGGGGGGGACGCGGACGGGGAGAGCUUCCCGCUGCAGCAGAAGCUGCUGGUCUGCUGCCUGCUGCUGCUGACGCGCGGCGGCGGGGGCCGAGAGGUCGUCCUCGGGAAGCUCCACGAGGCGUACAGCCGGCUGUGCCUGCGGCGCCAGGUGUCGGCCGUGGCGCAGAGCGAGUGUCUGUCGCUGUGCGGCCUGCUGGAGAGUCGGGGCAUCUUCUCCCUGAAGAAGGCCAAAGAGGCUCGUCUCACCAAGGUUUUCCUGAAGAUCGAAGAGAAGGACGUUGAGAACUCUCUGAAGGACCGAGUGCUGCUGGGCAGCAUCCUCGCUGCCGGCCUCCCCUCCUGAGAUCUACUGUUUUUUUCUAGUGUUUUUACUGAGACUUUGUA